AAAAUGUGUUGAAUGAAGGUUUCAAUACCAAAGACGACGCCAUUUUGUGUUUUCAACGUUAUGUUUGAUAAUAAAUCGACGAUCGUUCCGAUUCAGGUUUUCGCGUUGCGUUAGUUUUUCCGAGUUCGCAACAGACAGACGCGCACUGAUCACUCUUUUCGGGUGAUAUCAUUCAAUUGUCACGCGUGCACCCAUUUGGACGGACCUAUAUCAAAGGUACGUUCUACGGGCAAGUGUAUAAUCUAAAUGGUGCCUUGCAGACAGUAUGUCUACAUUGCCAGGGGUCAGUUUGAAGGGGGAGAAAAGCAAAGGAAAGAAUUCAUUUCAAUCAUUGAAAAUAAAUUGUUUAUAUAAGGGUGAGUCUACAGAAAGUAAUCAACAUAAGAGCAUAGCACCACGUAAAAAUGGAUUGCAAUCUAUUGGAAAAGUUAUCCGCAGUGUUCGUAACCCUGUUAAUUUACCAAGUGAGAAGUCCGAAUCUAGCCAUGAGUCUACGAUCAAUCUAGUCCCUAUCGGUGGUGGAGGAUGGAACAAACCAGUCAUAGAGAAAUCACUUGUGGCUGCGGGCAAAGAGGUUCCGCCAACAUCUAUUGCCACGACGACAUCUCAACUGUCCCAAAGUGGGCCUGUACAGGGACAACAACAUGCUUCGUCCCAUCCUACUUCCGUGCAAGUGACUACCACCACUACAACUACAAGACCUUCUCAUGCCGACGGCAAAACAUGGGCCAAAAAAAUUGUGGAUGUUCCAGUUGCUCCCCCAUAUUUAGCACAUCGCACAAUGCAAUUCCAACAAGAAUUUCCGAGUCUUACUUCAAGUGGAGAACACAAAAAUGUAAUAAACACAAAUAUACCUACACAGGCCAACACAGAACAGAGACCUUCUCUUCGUCCUCAAACCGAAACAAGUUGGAUGCAAGGUGGCAGUCGACCUCAAAUGCCUCAAGGCGCCGGCAGUGUUACUGGAGUUUCAGGUCAACCUCAUCAUUCUCAAACAUCUUCCGGGACAGAAAAUGUGAAUGGCGUACGGAGCAAUUCGGUCCAAAAUGGGGUGGCCGGGGCCCCGGCCGGCCUGAAUCCUUAUCAGAUGCAAUAUAACAUGACUAAAAAUCCAGUUAUGAGGAAUAUGUUGCCUAACUUUAUGGUUCCAAAUCAAUCAGAUAAUAUUGUAUAUCAUACCAAACAACAUAUUUAUCCAUCAGAAAAAAUGUUUCACCAUAAUUCAUCUUCAUCAAUGACCACAGAUGGUGUUUUAAGUAAACCUACAGCAGAUAUCAAGGAACUUAUACCUCCUCCAAUUAUUCGUGAAGAGGAUUUAAAAAGAAUGAAUGAACUUUCCAAAGAAACUGGGUGGUCUAUACAAGGAGAAAUUGACUACAAUAAAAAAUUGGACUUCAGUGAUGAUGAAGACCAAUUGAAUGAAAAAUUAAAUAAACAAUCAUUGAAUGGUAAUAUCAGAAGUAGAUCCGAUAAUGCUAAAGGUUACUUAAGUAAUAAAAUUGGCAAUUGUGAUCCAAGUCUAGUUCAAAAUUUAAAGGAGGGUAUGUUCAUGCAUCUGAAUAUCAAUGGAGAUGUAUCUUAUAACUCAGAUUAUAUGUCAUAUUAUAGAGAUGGACCACCAUCAUCUCAUCAGGAAGAAAUGCAAACAGAAGAUGAUAUUGACGACGAGUUUUUGGGAAGAGCACGUGUAGUAAAUGAAGAACUAAAUGCUGUCUUACAACGUGCCAAAGAUCGAAAAUUAGAAGAGAUGAAACGUUAUGAAAUGCAACAACAACUAGAAGCAACUAAAUUAAAAAAAAUGGAUGGAGAAAAUAAAGAUAAUAAAGAAAAAGAGUUCACAGACGAUCCUUCAAAAUGCCGAUCUGAACUAUCAAAAGAUAAAUAUGAUGAAAGCAAUGACAAUAAAGAAAUUAAUAAUAAAUAUUUACCUUCAAGACUGCAAAAACACUUUGAACAAAACAAUGACACCAAUAUUAAAGCUCAAAAUGUCUCUUCUACAAAAGGUAUAAAUACACUUUGUCGUACUGAUAGUGAUAUGAGUAGUAGUGGAUAUUCCGAGUACAGAAGUGAUUCAUGGGUUGAAGAUGAUCAUACAAGUAAAUCAUCGAGUUUGAAACGAGAUAAAAGAUCAGAAUUUGAUAGAUACAGAAGAGAAAAGGUUCGUUCAGAUGCUAAAGACAAAAAUGAUAAAUAUACACAUAGUGAUUAUAGAGGUGAUGACAAUAGAAAGAAUUAUGAUCACAGGCGUGAUUUCAAAAGAAAUGAUGCGGGCGGUAAUGUAAAGAAAUCAGCUGAUGAUAAUUAUGAUGCUGAUAAAAAAGAAUUUACAAAAGUAUCAAAAUAUCAUUCUCGAGAUUCUUUAGAAACUCCAGAGGAUAUUGACAAAGAUCAUGUGCAAGUUGAUGAUGAGGCUUAUCAUUGGAGACAAAAUUCUCUCGGUAAAGAUUUCUAUAAAGAUGAAAUGAAUUCAUCGGGCCAAUAUGGUAAAAAAUAUAUACCUGGACCUAUAACUCAAGAGAAACUUGAAGCUUGUGAAUUGACCAGUGAACCUAAACGGAAUUUAAAUCAAUUAGUAAAAAGUGAAAGAAAGGAUAUGAAGAAAAAUGAUCAAGGUGACGAUUUAUCUACUAAAGACAAAUCUGUUUGGGAUUUAGCUCCAACUAAUAAUAAAAAUAAAACAUUGCAAGAACAAAAACUUGACCAGGAAACAAAAGGUGGUAAAAGUGGUCAAAAAAAUGAUGACGACAAAUUAUCAGAACCAAAAUCAUCUUUAGAAAACAAUUCUGGUACUUCUACAUUAUCUCAUCAAAAAGGGAUGAGAUCUGACCGCUAUGUUGGAUCACGUUCAUCAUAUCAUCAGAGUAUCAAUUCUCGAACAGUUUCCAGGUCUGGGUCAAAUAGAAAAAAUGCUUGGCCGGAGUCUUAUGAAGAAGGUCAACGAUCCAGAGGGCCCCCUCGACGCGAUGACAGAAAUCGAGGUGACGACAGAAAUCGUGGAGAUGACAGGAACCGUGGAGACGACAGGAAUCGUGGAGAUGACAGAAACCGUGGAGAAGACAGGAACCGUGGAGAAGACAGGAAUCGAGGAGAUGAUCGAAAUCGAGGUGAAAACAGAAGUAGAAAUGAUGACAGAAAUCGUGGAGAUGAUAGAAAUAGAAAUGAUGAUAGAAACAGAGGAAGUAUUAGACAAAAUGAUCGUUAUUCUGAUAAAUCGACGUUACGUGGAUAUAGUCAAAGAUCUGAGCAGAGAGGAAGAGUACGUUUAGAAUCAUGUACAUUAAAUGGACGUAGCGGUCAAAAAAAUAGUAUUGAUGAAAGUGUUGAGAAAAAUAAAUUAAACACAAACUCUGGUUCUCUUAGAAGUAAAACUUCAUCAUCUAAACCAUCUAAAACAGAUGCAUUUUCAACUUCUGGAGAUACAAACCGUAGAAGUGGUGAAAAUCGAUUCGGUUCUAGACAAAAUAAUCGACCUCUUAAUAGUCAAAAACAAGAUGACCAUUGGGAUUCAGUUAGUGAACCUAGUGAUUAUGAAGCUCAACAAAAAAGUAGUAAUCGGCGAUUAAGUAGUCGUACAUAUUUAGCAUCAAGGGGUGACAAAAGAUCCAGUUAUGAUAAAAAGGAUCAGCCUAAAGAACUUGGUAAUGCUGAAAAAUCCAAUCAAAAGUUGACAUCAGCUACUUCUAUUAAUGACCCUAAGAGUAGUUAUAGUGGAAGUACUUCUCAAGAUGGAAGAUCUAUUAAAAAAGAGGACCAGAGAAAAUUGAGCGAUUCUCAACAAAAAAUUCAACGUUUAACUAAUCAGAGUAAUCGUAAAGAUUCUUCUAAGCCAACAUCUAGAGCUAAUUCAAAUAAUAAUGCAGCUAAACCUGGUCAAACUAAUCAGAGGUAUGAACGUCAAAAAAGUCAGCCACAAAUUGGUCAAGAUGACUCAAACGUUCCCAUUAUUAAAGAUACUGUUGUUAUGGUUAGCAACAAUCCUCCACCUCCUCCACAAACAAAUGCUUGGGACAAACCAAUAACUCAUGCUCUUAGAGCACAGUCGCCUAAUGUUAAUAAGCCAGUUGCUCCACAAUCUAAUAACCGACCGAAUAGUUUAACUGAAAUUAAAGAAAUUCCUGGACAGACAACUCAAAGGUUACCUUCAAAUAAAGAAAAAUCUUCACCCAAUGUUAUGGAAAAUGGUAUUCUUGAUUCUUCACAACGAAUGGAAACAAUUAUAUUUGAAAAUACCACGUAUAAAUCAAAACCAUGUGGAGAAUCUAAAAAUAAAUAUAACUCCAAUAUCAAGCAGCGCAAUGAAAAAGAUAAUUGUAAUUUUAAUGAAGAUACUCAAGAAACUUGCUUUAGAGCAUUCAAAUCUGAUAGUAAAGACUCUAAAUUAAAUGAUGCUGUACAAAUGUCUAUGAGCUUUCAAAAUGAUGAAAGUUCUGAGUUAAAUCUUGGAUUUGGCGACUUUGAGUCUGAUUUUACCCAAAGUGGUGGUCAUUUAUCUGCAGAAAACAAGGAUGUUAUGGCAAUGGCAGCCCAUACCAGGUCAAUGCACACUGGACCAUCAGCAUUAGCAGCAAGUGACUUAAAAACUAUGAUAGCCGGCACUAAAAAGGUUUGGGAUGAUAAACCAGAAUCUAAUCCACAAGUUCAGCAAAACAUUACUGAUAGUGCUUUUAAUACGGUUUAUAGCACUGCUAGUAGUGGACAACACGAUAAAUCAGAAAUUUCUGUUAUCGAUGAACAAAGAGUUCACAAUCAGCAAGUGUACAGGUAUGUACUUUGCCCUGCCCCUCAGUUACAAAAUGUUGCCGGCUCUUACAUUCCAGUGUCCAUGGCUGCUGCUAGUCAACUCAAACAAGAUCCAAAUGCUGCUACCACAAACGUAUGCAAGGUUAAACCUCAACCGCAGGGUACAUUAUCACCCCCAUUGAGUCAACAACAACAACAACAGCAGCAGCAGCAGCAACAACAACAACAACAACAACAGCAGCAACAACAACAACAGCAGCAGCAACAGCAACAACAACAGCAACAGCAACAGUCAUCAACUAGUACACAUGUUUUCAGUUCUACAACACCUCAACCACAUACAUCAACUACACCACUUGCAAAUGCUAUGCCAACACAAGCAACACACAUGAAUUUACAAAUAAUGAUGGAAAAUAGUGAUGGAUUACCUGAUAUGUAUGGUCCACACAUUGCCAAACAACAACAAACACAUUUAAUAUUAAAUACCAAUAAUAAAACUGGAGUAGAAAUGAUGACUAAACAAUUUGUGUCUGCUGGUACUGGACAAUCUCCUUCAUCAGCUAUUUUGUUUAAUUCGGCUCAACAACAUUACUCAACAACAACAAUGCCACCACCGUCACCUUCUGCUCCUCAAGUUUAUUCAUUGUUAGAACCUUCCCAAACUGUUAUUAGUGGUGCAGCACGGUCUCAAUAUAAUCAAUUUGCGUAUGGUCUUCAAUCUAAUGGUUUGAAUCAAAAUAUGAAUCAAUAUAAUCCAUCAAUGUUUAUUCAUGCUGGUUCACCAGCUGGUCAAGGUGGUUCGGAAGUAUUACAAUCGUCUAUAUCUCCAUUUAGAAUGGGACCUGCUUACAACAAUGGUCAGCAAUUAAAUACAAACAUUAACCCAGUAUUAAUACCGAGCAGUACUAAUUCUUCUUCCUCGCAAGUUAAACAGUCCUCACAGCAAAUUGGAACAAUCGGAAAUAAAAAUACUUAUAAUGCUACAACACCUCAACCUUCACCUUUUUUGGUGCCAUUUGAUCCUAUAUUCAACCAACCAUUCAAUUCCAUGAAUAAUUCAAGAGCAACACCAUUGCAAACUUCCUCGUCACUAUACUCUACUAAUUCAGCAACAGGACCUACAAAUCCUAGUUAUAUUCCAUCUGCAUUUCAACCACAAGUGGUUCCUGGCGCAUCUGGUGGCAAUACCUUUGGAAUUCCAGCCGCAUUCGGUUCUCAAAAUGCACCGCCCCCGAAUAUGCAAAGUUAUACGUCACAGUAUCGACAAGUCCCAUACAUAAAGGGAAAUUUGGCUGGUGGAAAUGGUACAAACGACCUUCAAAAGUCUGGAAUCUCAAAUCAACAAGAUUUAGGAAAUCCAAUGUAUUCUUCCAACUUAUUCAGACAACAGCAGCAGCAAUACUUUGAUACUAAUAAGACAUUGAUGAAUUCCAAUCAACAAACUCAUCAGGCUAUGCAAGGAAAAUAUAGUAAUUAUCAAGUCUCCGCAACUCAAAAUAAUCAGUUGCCCUUGAUGCAGCAACCUAGAAUGAACAUGAACAACAGUAAUAAUGGAUCAAUGGCUGGUAAAAUCGCACCUCCGUAUCCAACUCCUAUUCAAAGGCCUGUAUCAAGUUUCCAAUAUUUACAGCGUAUUCCACCUCCACCACAAAACAUGCGAAUGCAACCAAACUGUGCUCCAAUACAACACUUAAUGAACAAAAGCCAAACCUCUAAUAACUAUUAUGUGUCUAAUGCAGGUUUAAUUGUUGAACCUCCCUUGCCUAUACCCAAUAAAAUUGAUAACGCUAAUGCAAAUGUUGAUUCAAAAACCGAAGAAAAAAUAGACAGUAGUUCAAAACCACAAAGCACAGAAUGUAUAGAUGACAAACCUCUGGCGACUAAUGAAUAAUGUUAAAUCUUUUAAUGUAAUACUUUAUAAAUAUGCGUGUAGAGACUAAGUGUCAUAAAAGUUUCAUGAACUCGUUUAUGUUAUGCAAGACGCUAAUUUAUAAUAGUCGUGUUCUUUAGGUAUCAAUUUAUAUUACAAUAUAUAUAUAUUUAAAAAAAAAAACAAUAAUAAUAAAGUAUCGUAUAAUAAUAUUUAUGUCAGAAAUCUAUCCCAAACAGUGAUUUGAAAGUUCUUGUACGCUUUUUAUUUGUAUUAAGCAUGUUUUUUCUGUGUCAAUUUUUUUAUCAUAAUUAUUAAAAUAUAUGAAUAUUUAUAAUAAUUAACAACUAAAGAAUAAUAAAAAAAAAAAAAAGAUUGUGCUAUUUGUAAUAUGUAGAUGUUCAAUUAUACAUUUGGGUUGAUCAUUUUCUUUUUAUGAUAGUACAAAAUAUAAACAUGUAUGUAAUCGAAAUGUUAAUAGUAUCGAUUUAUAAGAAAACAUUUUAAUCUGUCGGUUUCAGAUACAUUAUUAUAAUAAUCAUCCAGUGAAUGGACGAGAACAAAAUGAUUAAUUUUUUUUUUUUUUUUGUAAUCGAAAAUAAUAGAGUACUUGUGUUUGAAAAUAAUGCCGAUAUAAAUGUAUGCUUGUUAUUAUUAGAAUGUUAACAAUUUAAUAUUACAUUUUUUAUUUAUUCAA